AUGUACAGGCAUCAGAAGACCCCGCUGGACAAUGAACAGAACUGCUUCCAAUACUUCGAAGAGCUGCUGCUGUGCCACUCUGUCAGGAGACCUCCUUUCAGUGUUGAGCUGUUCAGCCCAGAGCAGGUGGAGAUGCUGGCGGAGUUCGUAAUCAACACCUACUUCAGACACUUCAAACUCUACAAGUACAUGUUCACCCCACAGGUGAGACUCGAUGUGACUCUGUCCUAUACUGGGAUGUCUGAAGAGACUGUGGUCCAGGAUGAGGAGAAAAAACCGUCCUCAUCACCGGAGCCCAGUCCAGAAGAGCAGAGCACAGACACAGCCCUGGUGGAGGAACCAGGCCCCUCCCCCAGGGCGGAGCUGAGGCAGUACAUCCAAUCGGAGCUCAGCGCGGAGGUCAGCAGACUGCAGGCGUCGCUGGGGGAGAAACUGAGGCUGAAUGCAGAGGCCCUGAGCAACAAGCUGACUCAGCUGGAGGAGAGGAGCGCGGGGCAGAGAGACAAGAGAGACAAGGGGAAGAAGAAAUAACACACCCUCUCCCCCUCCACCCCCUCCCUCUCCAACACUAAUAUAAAACCCUGGACAGAGCUACAGCAGCUACCCAAC